AUGACGUCCACAAUUGGCAUCCCAAUCAAGCUUCUCAACGAAGCCCAGGGCCACAUCGUCACCCUGGAGAUCACCUCCGGCCAGACCUACCGGGGCAAGCUGAUCGAAGCCGAGGACAACAUGAACGUGCAGCUGAAGGACAUUACCGUCACCGCACGCGACGGGCGCGUCAGCCAUCUCGAACAGGUCUACAUCCGCGGCAGCCAUGUGCGGUUCUUUAUUGUUCCCGAUAUGUUGAGGUGCGUUCAGCUGCUCAGCGGGUGUGAUAUGAGGGGAGCGAGACAGCUGACAUAG